GACAGAGAGAAGAAAAGCAUCCGUUCACUUCAAUCAGGACCCUCCACGGUCACGUCUUCUAACAGUAAAUACGAUAGAGCAGGCAGUAUAUUCAUUGUGGCCAUGUUGGACAAUGAACCGGCUCUCAUCACAAGGCACCCCCUAUCACUCCUGUCGAACGCCACACAGCACGACUGCUUGAAGAUGCGUAAGCUCGAUCACGAAAACGUGAACAAAUUCUUGGGUUUCUCCUACGAUGGGAUCGACUACAUAGUUGUUUGGAAAAUAUGUGGGCGAGGCAGUUUACAGGCCAUAUUCUCCAAGUUCUCAAUCUCUAAUGAUGCAUUCUUCACCCUGUGCCUUAUACGAGAUGUUGCGGAAGACAAAGAGAAGAAAAGCAUCCGUUCACUUCAAUCAGGACCCUCCACGGUCACGUCUUCUAACAGUAAAUACGAUAGAGCAGGCAGUAUAUUCAUUGUGGCCAUGUUGGACAAUGAACCGGCUCUCAUCACAAGGCAUCCCCUAUCACUCCUGUCGAACGCCACACAGCACGACUGCUUGAAGGUAUUUUAG